UGUUGUAGGAAUUUGUAUGGUCUUUCUCACACGACUUAUUACUCAUUUCCAAGCUUUCCUUAUAGUGUAGAUAAACUCGUCUCAAUGUGAAUUGGAUGGGUUGCCAUUCUAGUUUCUUUGGUGAUUUUUAUGCUUGAAAUUAAUUUAGGAUUUCUGGAUAUAUCGCCUAUGUAUAUUUUUUCUAGUUCAUCAAGCAAUGUGCGAGGAUAACAAUUGACUAUUUGAUUCUGUGGUCAGAUUUUGGAUGCUUUGCCAUUCUAUUAUCCUUUGUACUUUUGAAAUUUGUAGGAGAUGCUCAAGGAACGUGGUGUGGCACCAUUCUCGAAAUGGGAUAAAGAACUUCCAAAGAUAGUGUUUGAUCCACGUUUUAAGGCUAUCCCAAGUCACAGUGCUCGAAGAGCGCUGUUUGAGCACUAUGUGCGGACUCGCGCUGAAGAGGAGCGGAAAGAAAAACGAGCUGCUCAGAGGGCUGCUGUGGAGGGUUUCAAGCAGUUAUUGGAAGAAGCAAAGGAGGAUAUUGAUUGCAACACUGAUUAUCAAACAUUUAAGAGCAAAUGGGGAAAGGAUCCACGAUUUGAGGUCUUGUCCCGGAAAGAAAGAGAGUUUUUGUUGAAUGAAAGGUAUAGUUUACUGUUGCUUUUGAUACUUAAAACAACUCGACAAUGCAGUAGUCAUGGUCAUUUAGCAAUAUAUAUACCUACAUGUGGCAUUCUGUAGGAAUGCGUGCUUGAU